UGACCAAAGGCUGUAUCAGAUCAGUAUGCGUACACAAGCGGCGCGCGCGCACGUAUUCGCCAUGACUACUGUCGGGGCCUUGCUCACGAUAACAUGCGCCGUCGCGGCUGCCGCCUCUAACAUCGAUCUGAAUAACACAAACAUCGACAAUAAUGUUAUCAAACGUAUAGUAACAGUAUUAAACUCGAACAGAACUUUGAAUUCUAGGGAAUUUGCUUUAUUAAACCGAACGGCGGUAAAUCUUGGCAUCGAGAGCGAAAUGUUAACGAAAUUGACCAGUUUAGUAAAACAAACGUAUGAACAACCAAAUCGAGAUACAGCCUCUUAUGCUUACGAGGAAGGAAAUAAAGGCUCGUUACCGGUUGAAGAGUCUCCAGAUUACGCUUCAUCUGUAGUUCUCGCCAGUGAUCUUUUAUCCCUGACUUCUGCUGUUGCGAACGUUAAGGAAAACGUUUGUCGAGAACAAGGAUACAAGUUCUUAGACGGAUUGCUGUUGAAUAAACGAUGGGCCUUAAAAAUGUUCGACGCAUCAGCCAAAUCCCCCCAGGGCUUGCUGUUCGGAUCUUCAUUUCACCUGGGCAACUUCGACGAAUGCCUUGCAAUAGAAGACCAAGUUGAUGACGGGACGGUGGUUUAUGGACAGUAUUGUUUGGCCAAUAUUAAAUGGCGGAGAUCUGAGGCACACAAAAAGGUUCGAACUGGUCGAGGUGAGACGUUACGGUGGGCGAUAUGCGUGCCCAGGGUCUGCGAUGCGAACGCCGUACAGCAGUUUGUCAGUGACGUCCUGUCCCAUACAGUCGGUAAUACCACUACUGUCCAAGUCACCGAUAGAGACUGUUAUACGAAGCAGCCGCUUACUGUCAAUUCUCUGGAUGUCGCCUUUUUAUCAUUAAUAUUCCUCUUCGUCGCAAUACUAAUAAUGAGCACCUCUUAUGAAAUUUAUUGUAUACAAUGGAAACGCAAAAGGGUUUCAACGAUACACGAUAUUAUAACUUCCUUCUCAAUUAUUAACAACAUGAAGAAAAUUCUUUCCACUAAACAGAAUAAUAGUUUGGGAUUGGAAAGUAUAACUGGAAUAAAGGUUUUGGCAAUGAUAUUUAUUAUAUCAGGGCAUGCGAGCUUAUUUAUCAGCGUUGGGCCUGUAAUGGACGCCGAAGCAUUUGAUAGGAUACUACGAAAUCCAGCCAAUGCUUUCAUGGAGAACAACAUGAUUUUAGUGGACACUUUCUUAUUUCUGGGAGCAUUCCUCUUCAGUCGAAUUCUACUUCCAGAAUUGGAUAAGCGACGGGGCAGACUAAACAUUUUACCUAUCUUACUGUUUCGUUAUUUGAGAGUGACACCAGCGUAUGCGGUUGUGAUAUUAUUUUACAUGACAUGGUUCCCAAAGAUCGGAGACGGUCCUUUGUGGGAGAGCAAGAUGAGGUUAGAGCAAGAUAGAUGCUUAGAAUCGUGGUGGGCCAAUAUACUCUAUGUAAAUAAUUAUGUAAAUACAGACAAAAUGUGCAUGUUUCAAUCGUGGUAUCUCUCAGUUGACACCCAAUUGUUCUUCUUUGCUCCGAUCUUUAUCUUCGCUCUUUGGAAGUGGCGUCGAUUCGGUCCCAUGUUACUGGGUGUAGGCUUACUGAUUUCUCUAUUGAUCCCAGCUGUCAUAACUUACACGAGAAGAUUGGACCCAACUCUUUUAUUAUUUGCGAAAGAAUUCUCCGACUUGAUUUCUAAUUUUUACUUCAAAGAGGCAUAUAUAAAAACCCACAUGAAGAUUACGACAUAUUUGAUGGGCUUAUUAACUGGUUACAUUUUACAUCGGAUACAAAAAGAGAAUUACCAAAUGUCUCGAUCAUUGAAGGUCUUCGGAUGGAUAACCAGUAUUAUACUGGGGACAGUCACGACAUUUUCUGUUAGCCUGUUUUAUCAGGAAUGGUAUCAAUAUAAUGCAAUUGAGGCUGCAGCCUACAUUUCCUUGCACAAACUGGCAUGGUCGAUAGCAAACGGCUGGAUGAUCAUCGCGUGUGUUACUGGAAAUGGAGGUAUCCUAGCGAAGCUGUUCAAUUGGAAAUUAUUUGUGCCAUUAUCCAGGUUGACCUAUUGUGCAUAUCUCGUGAAUGGGAUAGUCGAAUUGUUCUAUAUAGGACAACUGAGACAUCCAGCCCACCUUACAGUACUUACUGUGACGGCGAAUUCGAUUUCACAUUUAGUGCUGACGUUUUUCCUUGCCUUACUGCUGUGUAUUACCUUCGAAAGUCCAAUACAUGGUAUAGAGAAGAUUCUUCUCAAAAAGUUUGUUGGUCCAAGAGCCAGUGACAAUACGAGAGAAGAUAAAUCACAGGAAUGCUCAAGAAGUACUAGUCAAUCAAAGUUAGAAUCAUAGCAUACAUUUUGUUUUAGGGGAAAUUGUUUUAUGUAAAUAUUAAGUGGAUAAGGUGUAUUAUAUUUUUAUAAUCUAUAUAUACUUUAUUGUAUAUAUAAUUUGGAAUGGCGAACUGACGGAUCACUUGAUUUUAAGUUUGUGAGUGGUAACUGUCGCCUGUAGAUAUAAAUCGCAUCAUGCGUAUCAGGGAAAACUGUGUUGUGGCCAUACAUUGUUAUUUCUGAGGACUUAAAAAUAAAAAAAUAUUUCUUGAGUACUUAAUCAUAUUGCUGUUAAAUUAACUACUAUUGAAUUGUGAUAUAUCUAUAUGUAAAUUAGAAAGGGAAAUGUCACAUGUAGGUACAUAUUUAAAUAAUUUUGAAAUUUUGUUAAAAAAGAAGUAUGCCAUUCAUUAAGAGUUGUAAUAAAACACUGCGAGAACAUUUUUUGCCAUAAAUAUUUUCAUCUUAUAUACAAAUGUAAGAAAAAGAGAAAAAAAAAGAAACAGUUUUGUUUAAGUUAGGUUCUAUCUAAUUUAAAUAAUUCGUUAUUUACAUUUUAUACUACAUUAUGCUACUAUUAUACGUUUAUCUUUUAAUUUAAUCAAAUGUAUAUACAUUAGAUAUAUUUCAAAAAAUAUUUGAACGUACAUAUUUCAUUCUUUAUAGUGUACUAAAUGAACAUAUUUACCAUAAUACCGUACCAUCAAGCAAGUUUGUGUAAAUAUGGUUUCAAAAAUACUAGGUACUAACUUACAAUAAUAUUUAUCAGUUAUUUAAAAAUAUAGCGACAGUUUACAGUGGUUAUUAGACAUAAUGUGUGAAUUCGUCAACUGUUUAUAUUUUUGAGGCUCUCUCGUCACGUUCCGUCAGUGUGACUCGGCAAUAGAAUGUACUUAUAUGUAUUACAUUAGGUACUGCACAGUUUUUGUUACACAGUAACAAUAUUGUUUCUAAUAUAAUUAGCUUGUAAGAAUUAAUUGCUCAAGAUGUAUUAUAGAAUACCUCAAGGAAUAAAGAGAUUUUUUUUUAUAUAUUAUUAUAA